AUGAACGGCGAAGACCCGCCCGAGCGGCCCGAGUACAUCACCAACAUCAUCAAUGGCCUCGAGCGCUACAACCCCGAGGCGGUCGGCUCCCUCGAGGGAUACCUGACGGAGCAAUGCGAGCAGAAGACGUGCGAUAUGAACGCCAACCGGACGCUGCUGAAGCUGUACCAGCUGAACCCCGACCGGACAAAGGACGAGGUCGUCACCAACAUCCUCGUCAAGGCCAUGACGCUGUUCCCCUCGGCGCAGUUCUCCCUCGCCCUGCACCUCAUCAACCCGUCCGCGGCCGCGACCGGCGAGCUGCACGAGGCCCUGACCAAGCUGCGCGCGCUCAACUCGCAGCUCGAGGGCGCGCAGUACGCGCAGUUCUGGGCGACGGUCGACGGCGACGACCUGUGCGCCGACCUCAUCGCCGACAUCUCGGGCUUCGAGGACAUGAUCCGGCACCGCAUCGCGCAGCUCGUCUCGCAGGCCUUCCGUGAGAUCAAGCUCUCGCACCUCGAGUCGUGGCUGGGCCUCGGCGAGGACGCCACCAAGAAGUUCGUCAUGGAGGUCUGCGGCUGGGGCGUCGACGGCGACGGCAACAUCAAGAUCCCGUCGAACCCGGACAACGAGGCCAAGAAGGCCGAGAUUCGCGAGGACGUCAACGUCGACCAGUUUGCGCGCGUGAUUCGGCGGUCCUGGGAGGAGACGGUAUGA